UCGGCGUAGAACGCAGCUGUGCCUGCUCCCGGAUCCCGAGAUCUGAGCCGAGCCGGCGCUGUUCGACCUUUCCCCACCCAGCUUGGGUCAGAGGAAGCCGAAAGCCGGCUCAGCGAAGUGAAACGCCCCAGGCUGCGGAGGACCAAACUGAAGUUUGCUGUGUUCGGGAUGUGCCGGGCCAGGUUGCUGAGGACUUGACUCCCCUCCUCCCCUCUUCCUCUCCCACCCUUCCCCACUAUCCAGUGGGCUGGGGGCUCCAGCAGUCAGCACACUCCCACCCCCGAUUUCUUGGCAAGGGGUGCGACCCUGAUUUCUGUUUGCAUGCACAUCCUGCAGCCUGAGAACCAGAUCUUCAAGCUGGAUAUCUUUUGACUCGGCUGCUAGCCCGGGCCUCAAAGUGUUGAGUGUGCGCAGCUGAGCCAAGCGAGUCACCGCGCGCAAUGGCCGACCGGCAGGCAGGCCCAGGGGUCGGGGACUGGGAGAUUGACGUGGAGAGCCUGGAGAUGGAGGAGGACGGCUGCGGGGCGCCGCCGACUACGCCGCCCGGGCCCAGCCCCUCGCCGGCCGACGGGGAUGGUGAGGACGACGAGGAAGAUGAUGAGGAGGACGACGACGCGGAAGAAGAGGGCGGCGGCGAAGUGGCGGGAGCGUCCCCGGGGGUGCCCUGCCGCCCGGAACAGCACCCGGGACUGCUGCCCCGGCCGCCGCCGGCGCCUCAGGCCCUUCCAGUCCCUGCCGGGCCCGUAGAGCGCUGCGCGAACGCCGGCGGCAGCGCGGAACCGCGCAAGCUGAGCCGCACGCCCAAGUGUGCGCGCUGCCGAAACCACGGCGUGGUGUCCUGUCUCAAGGGGCACAAGCGAUUCUGCCGCUGGCGAGACUGCCAGUGCGCCAACUGCCUGCUGGUGGUGGAGCGCCAGCGCGUCAUGGCCGCCCAGGUGGCGCUCCGGAGGCAACAGGCCACCGAGGACAAGAAGGGACUUUCCGGGAAACAGAAUAAUUUUGAACGCAAAGCAGUGUACCAGAGGCAAGUCAGGGCACCUAGUUUGCUGGCCAAAAGCAUUUUAGAAGGCUAUCGCCCCAUAACAGCGGAGACCUACCUAGGAGGCACCCUACCUCUUCCUCCCCCAGUUAGUGACAGGAUGAGGAAAAGAAGGGCCUUUGCUGACAAGGAGUUGGAGAACAUUAUGCUGGAGAGAGAAUAUAAAGAGAGGGAGAUGCUGGAAACUUCCCAAGCUGCUGCCUUGUUCCUGCCCAACCGCAUGGUGCCUGGACCUGAAUACAACUCCUACAAAAGUGCCUACAGUCCUGCCCCAGGGGAACCGCCCAGCAAGGACUUCUGCAAUUUUUUACCCACCUGUCUUGAUCUCACCAUGCAGUAUUCAGGGUCUGGGAAUAUGGAACUAAUUUCUUCUAAUGUCAGUGUGGCUACGACGUAUAGACAGUACCCCCUGUCCUCCCGAUUUUUAGUUUGGCCCAAGUGUGGCCCCAUUAGUGACACUCUUCUCUACCAGCAAUGCUUGCUAAAUGCCACCACCUCAGUUCAAGCCCUGAAACCUGGGGCCAGCUGGGACCUGAAAGGAGCACGGGUUCAGGAUGGAUUCAGUGCAGAACAUGACAUGAUGCCACCCAAACUGGAAGGUUCCCUUGUGCUGCCUCACACUCCCGAGGUCCAGACCUCUAGAAGUGACCUUCAGGGUCACCAGGUUGUCCCUGAGAGGUCUGCCUUUUCCCCACCCCAACGGAAUUUCUCUCCCAUUGUUGACUCGGACUCCCUGGCAGCUCAAGGGCACGUCUUAACCAAGAUCAGCAAAGAAAACAGCAGGCACCCUCUGCCACUUAAACAUAAUCCAUUCCACUCAUUAUUCCAGCAAACGCUUAAUGACAAAUCAGGUCCUGAGUUGAAAACACCAUUUGUCAAAGAGGCCUUUGAAGAGACCCCAAAGAAACACAGAGAAUGUUUGGUCAAGGAGAGUCAGAAGUACGCAUUUACAAUAGAUAGGUGCGCAAAGGACCUUUUUGUAGCCAAACAGGUUGGAACAAAACUCUCAGUGAAUGAACCGCUGUCAUUUUCUGUUGAGUCUAUUCUUAAGAGGCCUUCGUCUGCCAUCACUCAUGUCUCUCAGUGAAAGGCUGCUUAAGUGGAAAGCUGGAUUUUCUGCAGUCUCAGUCCUUGCCAUGUGCUUAUUUUUUUUUUUUUAAAGUUAAAAUGUUUGUGUAAAGAAAUUUCUAAUGUAAGUAAUGAUGAUUUCUAAAAAUUCUAUAUAUUCAUAUGCAUGUACCUUUUAUUAUCACAUAAAUAUAUUUAAACUUAAAGAUCGACAUUGCUUAAUGUGCAAAUUGUAAAGUUCUAUGCUUUGCACAGCAUUUCAU